CGUCAUCCGGACGUAUCGAGGUGGGGGAGAUCGAGGAUUUUCAAUUCGGCUUUUACGCAGCGCUGCGCACCGACUCUGAGGGGACUCUCUGUUCAGCCCUGUGUGUGAUCGGCCGCAGGUUUGAUGGUGCUGAUCCGGAUAGUCUGACUGAAGGGUUGCGGGCCCAGGGGGGCGUCUGUCCUCCGUCCUGUGACUGUGAAUGGACUGCGCUCCUCUCUGUGAUUUUCUGCAGUCGCUCUGAGUCAUUUGUGGAAGAAGAUGGCGGACAGGGCUGAGAUGUUUUCCCUCUCCACCUUCCAUUCGCUCUCCCCUCCUGGUUGCAGGCCAGCCCAUGAUAUCAGUCUGGAGGAGUUUGAUGAUGAAGAUCUUUCUGAAAUCACAGACGACUGUGGAAUUGGACUCAAUUAUGACUCUGAUCCGUAUGAGAAGGACUCCCUCAUUCUUGAGAAGAAUGACAUGCACCACCCAGUCUGCUCCUUCCAGGAUGAUUUUCAGGAGUUUGAGAUGAUUGAUGAUGAAGAUGAGGAUGAUGAGGAGGAGGACGAGGAAGAAGAUGAAGAGAUUGACCCUGAUGACCCUCCAUCCCCCUCGGCCUCUCCCCCACCCUCCCCUAUUCUGGGCACCCUCAAAAGCAGACCCACCUCAUUGAACCUCACCAGUGCUGUGUCUCAGGAUUCACUGAAUAACAACAGCAGUCUCUCUCCAAAGAAAGGAAGCUGGCAGGACUCUUUACGUAACCCUGCGUCACAGGGUUGUCUGUCUCCAACACACUCAUGUAUGGAGGAUGGUACCCACGUGACAGGCCAGUGCCCCACCUCUCCGAUCUCCCAGGCACCAGGUACUCCACCCACACAGGCAGGGGAUGGCAGGCACACCCCUCACAGACCCCUGCUCUGUGACAUGGAGGGCAACAGGCGGGAGAGGCUAGAAUACGGUUCAUUUGGCCAUCAUAAGUCCCAUCCAUGCUCAGAUGAUACAGCUGAGCCAAAGGCUGACUCAUCCAUCCACACAUCCAGAGUACCUUCAGUUGAUGAGCAUUCCCAGUGUUCGGACACAGAAGUGGAUCAUGAUCUCAACAGUGACCGCAACCACAAACAGUCAAACCGGCGGGCCACCGACACAUACACAAUCACCAGCGAGUCAGGUAUGGAGCCGGAGAAUGACCUUGACCCAGAUGGAACCAGUCACUGCUUGUCGUCCACUGCACCUAUAGGAGCUAACGAUGGUGCAGACACACCUUUGUCAGAUGAGGAGCUGGAGAAGGACUUUGAAGUGGAGUUUAUGUGCAAGGAAACCUAUGACAUGGUGUGUAAGGAUAAUCAGAGCUCAUCCUAUGUGGAGUUCCCUUCCUUUGAAGCCUCUGAGCCUGCCUCCUUCUCAAGCUAUUCAUCUUCAAGUCACUCAAAUGCUCUUGACCAGUCCAGUUCAGAGGCUCCAGCAGCUUCAACCAGUGAGGCAGCAGCACCUAAUGACUCGACUUCUCCAUCAUCAGACCCAGGUAUAGCAGAUAUGAACCAGCAGGGAUAUGUGACUUCAGAUCAGGAUAAGGACCUCAGCUCUCCAGGCUCUGACUCAGACAUUGAAGGGGAGCUGGAGGUGGCAUUUGCGUGUGGAGGUGAAGUGGUCUCCAACAUGAUUUCCUCCAUCUCAGAGACAGAACUAGAUCUGACCAGUGAUGACAGCAGCAGUGGACGUUCUUCUCACCUCACCAACUCCAUUGAGGAGGCUAGCUCACCAACAUCAGACCAGGAACUUGACCCAGACACAGAGUUAGAGCAGGACAGUGGCAUUGUGGGAAUAAAAGCUUCUCUACUCCUUGGCCAGCCCGACCCAAUCAAAGAAGGGUCUUGCCUACCUUCCCCAUCUCCCUUACCCUCACCUACAAUAGCUACUCCUUCCCCUGUUGACUCUCCCAUCUUGCCUCCCAAGUCUUACGAUGAUGGCCAAGCUCUGCUGGGGCUCCAGAACGUGUAUGAUGAGCACCAAGCUGACCCAGACGAGACACUUCCACCAGCCCAGCGCUGUGACGACAGCCUUUCCAGACAGAUGGUACUUCAAAUAGAACCAGACCACAGCCUUGAGAGCUUCAAACGUUCUUUCUACCUACCAGUUGGACCAAGACUCAUGCCAACAGCAGAUGAAUAUGAUGGAACUAGUGAAGGAGACUCUGAGUCUGAAAGUGAAGAUGAGCUGAGUGAGAAUUCAGACUCACCAUGGUUGCUUAGCAACCUAGUCAACAGGAUGAUCUCGGAGGGCUCUUACCCAAUUAGUUGUCCAGAGGACUGUUUUAAGAGAAAGGCGUCUGUGUCUGACACCAUUUCUCCAUGUUCAGACAUUGAUGCAGAUGGCUUCAAUGAUGAAGACCAAGGGAAAAAACUGGGGGAAGAUGGAUUUGAGGAAGAGAAGGAAUAUCAGGGAAUAGAAAGUAGGGUCGAUCCAAGUGAGAGGGGGAAGAGUGUAGAACCAUCAAAUGAAGAAGCAUUGAAAUAUGAUGAGAGGUUUAGUCCUUGUUUGUACAUGAGCAACCCCACUGGUGACACCAUAACUCCACUGGUUUUGGAACACUGUGUAAACUGUGGGAAGGGAAUCUUAGACUUCAACUCAUCCUACACUGGUAAAGACUCUGAGAAGAACUUAUCAAACAAAUCAUCUAAGAACAACAGGAGACAGGAGGAAGAUGAAGAGCCCAACAAUGACUUGAUGAUGCUAGAAAGGCAGAAGGAUCUCAACUCACCCAGCCUUAGUGAGAGUGUGAUCAGUGACAAGGAUGAAGGACGAGAGACAGAACCCAGGCCAACAAGCCGUUCCUCUGCAUCUCUUGAGCGUAUCAAUGAGGUCAAACACAGCCUAACACUGGAUAUCCCCACUGCUCAGACCAACCGCUGCUUCAGCCUCACAUACUCCACAGAUAAUGAUGAUGAGGAGGAAGAUGGGGACUCUUUUCCUUUUCUGGAUGGCUUGAGUAAGGAGUCCUGCAGGGGUAGUGAUGUGGAACUUGACAGUUCACCGCCCAUUGAUUCCAGUGUACAUGACCAUCCCUUACCUGAGGAGGACCACCCGCUGUGUGAGAAAGAACUAGCUCUAAGGCCAAAUGAAGAUGAUGGGCUGGCCUAUGACUCCAUGAAGUACACACUAGUGGUCGAUGAGAAUACUACACUGGAACUAGUCAGCCUCAGAAGGUGCACCUCUGUUCUGAGUGAUGACAGUGAGCUGUCCACGCUAUGUGACGAGGAGCCUUUGGAGACUGGAGAGGUGGACUAUGAUUGUAACGACGAGGAAACGAGGCCAGAACUCCUCAGUUCUUCUGAGGACUCUUCUCCAGAGGCCGACAUGCCUUUUACCAAGAAGUUCCUCAACGUGUUCGUCAACAGCACUUCUCGUUCCUCCAGCACAGAAUCUUUUGGACUUUUCUCAUGUACCAUCAAUGGAGAGGAGCGAGAACAGACCCAUCGGGCAGUCUACAGGUUCAUCCCCAGACAUGCAGAUGAGUUGGAGCUGGAUGUGGAUGAUCCUUUGUAUGUGGAGGAGGAAGAAGACGACUACUGGUACAGAGGUUACAACAUGCGAACAGGGGAAAGGGGUAUCUUUCCUGCCUUCUAUGCUCAUGAGGUCAUAGGCCAAGCAAAGGAGUUGUUGGGAAUGAAAAGGAAUCCAGCAUGGAUUGAGAUGUUUGGUGUUCAGUUUUUGGGCUCUGUUGAGGUACCUUAUCAUCAAGGCAAUGGCAUUCUUUGUGCAGCCAUGCAGAAGAUUGCUAUAUCGAGGAAAAGGACAGUGCAUGUGAGACCUCCUUCUCUGUGCGAACUGGAGGUCAGCCUGCAGGGAAUUAAACUGAUCAUGAGCCUGGAAGAUGAAUAUGACUCCCUUGAUGAGCAGUAUGACAGGUGUAGUCACUUCUUCCAGAUGAAGAACAUCUCAUUCUGUGGAUGCCACCCGAGGAACAACUGUUACUUUGGUUUUAUCACGAAGCACCCGAUGCUGAACAGAUUUGCUUGCCACGUGUUUGUAUCCCAGGAGUCCAUGCGACCUGUAGCAGAGUGUGUCGGGCGAGCCUUCCAGGAGUACUACCAGGAGCAUCUGGAGUAUGCCUGCCCCACUGAGGACAUCUACCUGGAGUAAGAAGCGUUACCACGACAACCACCUUCUUCCAACUGCUCGUCUAUGUUCACCCAGUGUGCCACCAAAGGGCAGUGUGAGCAAGGUUUUCCCUCCAUUGUAAAAUACUCCCCUCCCUUCAAAAAGGGAUCUUCAUUUCUACAGUAUGCCAAAUUCAUUUGUCCAUCUCUUUUGGCUUCCCUCACCUCAAUUGAGCAAUUGCCUCUUUAUUUUAUUUGUUAUUUUCUAUGAUGUAAGGCUAAAAGGCUGAGUACCUGUUCAUUUAAGUUCUUUUGAAACGAGAACGAUAUACUGUACCUUCUACUGCUGUUUCACUUUUUCAGUGCAUGACUACAGCAGGUUUACUGCACACAGACACUCCAAUAAAUAUACAUAUCCAAGGGAAUGGCACGCAACUCAACAAUCAGGACGAGAAGAAGUUGACUUUUAACUGUAUAUAUGUAUUUGAACUGAUGCUGAAGCAAAGUAUAGAGAGGACAGAUGUGCACGCGCGCGCGUGUGUAUGUGUGCUUGUGCUUAUCCCUGCGUCACGUCCAAGAUGUAGUGUGUGUUUGUACAUAUGUGUAUAGGAGGUAGAGACAUGCAGGCAUCUGGUCCAAACUGACAGACGGAUGGAAGUGAUUUUAGUCGCUCAUAUGUUUGGGUAUUUACGG